UGCCAUUUCCUAGGUUCAAGUUAUAUCCUCUCCCUGAAUACUGCUAAUGUGCGCCUCUCUUCGUCUUCUUCCAUUUCCAAUUCCUUUCCCCACCUUCAAGUUUUCUCUCUCUCUACUCAUACAACACAUACUCUAUACACCUCCAACUGCAUUUGUUUACAAGAAAUUUUCUCAUUCAUAUCAUGGUAGAUGCAAUUUCUCUGUUCCGGUUGAGAUCAGAUGCGGUCAGCAAAUGAGCAUGGCGCUUUCUGCCUCUUUUUCCCUCGCUUCUUCUCAUCAGCUUUCUCAGCUUUGCUGUUCUGGUCUUAAAUGGAAGCAAACGAGAUUAGAGUUUCUGAAGCCGCAUAGAAGAAACUCUCAGUACUUGUGGAUUGUCAAAUCAGUUUUAAAUCGCAGGAGAUCAUCUAGCGUCAGUGAAGAUGGAGCGACUGAACCAGCUAGGAUUCUUCUGGAGAAGUUGUUUGAUCAAACACAAAAACUUGAGGAACAGAUAGGUAGGGAUCCUUAUUCACCCCAUGUAGCUGAGCUGGGAUUUAGUCUUGGUAAGCUGGAAUCGGAUCUUCAGAUAGCUCUGGCAGCUUUGAAGAACAAGGAAGAAGAUCUGCAAGAUGCAGAGAAGAAACUCUUGUUGGAGUACAAUGAAAUUAAUCUUGCCAGGAAGGACUUGGAGCGACGAGAAAAAGAAAUAGCAGCUGCUAACAUGAAGCAGGAGAAACUAGAAGGGGAGCUAAGACUGGCAAAUUUAGACUUAGCUUCUCAAGCCGCAGAAAUUGGUGAUCUUAAACUUCGUCUGAAGGAGAGGGAUCAGGAGAUUUCAGCUUCUCAGUCAGCACUCUCAGCUAAAGACGAAGAAAUCAUAAAGAUGAAACAUGAACUGGAGAAGAAGAGUGAAGAAGCUGCCAAAAUUGAAUCAGAACUCAGAUCGAAGGCCAUUCUCCUUGAUGAAGCAAAUAAAAUUGUGGAAAAGCAAGUAGUCGAGCUUCAGGAACUUCAGGGAGCCAUUCAGAAGAAAGACGACGAACUAGAAAUGUCGAUCAGCGUGCAGAAAAGUGAUGCGGAGAAGUUGAAAGUUGCUGAAGCAAAGUUGGAGAAGCAAACUACGGAUUGGCUAGUGGCUCAAGUGGAAUUGAAAAAACUAGCCGGGGAAACAUCUAAGCAUGUUGGGGAUGCAAAUGAAGCCGAGUUUGGAACAGUGAGGAAGCUUCUCUCUGAUGUGAGAUCUGAUCUAAUUUCAUCUCAGAAAGCUUUGGCUUCAUCUAGACAGAAAAUCGAAAGUCAAGAUCAGCUGUUGGAAAUGCAACUUGCAGAACUUGAAGAACAACGGAGGAGUAUUAUGUCGUACACGAUAAGUCUGAGGGAUGCCGGAGUAGAAGUGGAGGGUGAAAAAGCGAAACUGAGGGUCGCUGAAGCACAAAACAAGCAGCUCGAAAGGGAUUUAUCCCUGGAGAAAGAGCUUGUCAGUGAGUUACAGAAGGAAUUGGAUAAAGAGAGAUUGUCUCUGAAAGAAGCAAUUGUGGAAAUCUCGACUCUCAGGGAGGAUAUAGACCGUAAAAGUGCUGCAUUCGAACAAUCACAAUCUUUCCUUAAGUCUAAAGAGUCGGAAUUGGUGGAAGCAAGGCUAGAGAUCCAGCAUUUAAAGUCCGAACAGGCUUCCCUUCUACUUAUUCUGGAAGAAAAGGAUUUGGAACUCUCAAAUGCAAAAACAAUGUUGGAGGAAGUAAAUAAGGAGAUUGAUGAACUGAAGAGGAUUUUGCGCAGCAGAGAAGAAGAGCUUACUAAAGCAAGUUCCAUGCUGAAAGAGAAGGAUGAACAUGUCCAAACAAUUGAACACGAUCUCAGCAAUGCAAAAUCAAGAUUCACUGAAGCUGAGAUGGUGGUGGAAAAGAUUGUAGAUCUUACUAAGGAAGCAGUUCUGUCAUUUGAUGAUGAGGAAGGCUAUCACGCACUGGGCCCGCUUGAUCAGAACAAUGACAGUUUAACACCUUCGUGGCUAGACGGAUUUGGUGAUAGUUUUAAAUGGCAGAAAAAACAACUGGAAGCUGAACUGGUAUUUACCAGAGAAAGCCUGAAAACAAAGGAGAUGGAAAUUCUUGCAGCACAGAAGGAUCUGACAAUCAAGGAUGAAGAGCUAAAAAUGGUCAUAAGAAAAUUGGAAGCUAAAGAGAAGGAAAUAACAGAAAUGAAGGGAGAUAAAGAUGGUAUCAAACAACUUUAUGCUUUGGCACAAGAAAGAAUUGGUGAUAAGAGUGUAGGUGACCUCGCAAUUGAGAAACUUCAAUUCGAAGUAGCUCAACUGGAAGUUGAAGCUGCCACAAGUGCGUUGCAAAAAAUCGCAGAAAUGAGUCGAGAGCUUCUGAACAAAACUGGUUUAUGUGUUGAACUUGAGGCUUCUGAUUAUGAUAUGAGCCUAUAUAAGAAAGAUAACACUGAGGCUAGGAUAAAUACGAUCAACGCGAACAAGUGCUCUGUUGAAGUUCAAUCAGAAGUUUCUCGGCUUCUGACGCUGACUCAGCAGCUUGUCGUAGAAGCUAAUGUUACUGGUUACAUGAGCCAGUAGAGCUGAUUUUGAGUUUCUUGCCAUACAUUGAGGUUUAGACAUCAAGCCAAUUCCUAAAUGUAGGAGACAAAAGUUGUGAAAUCUGCUCCUGUAUUAUAUGUACACUGAUUUGUUUGAGUUUAUUUCUACUCUUGUGCUUGGUGUGUUGCACAUAAGAAA